CACGUAUUGUCUGACAUUCAGCCAGCUUUUUUUUCCCCCGAUAAUUUCUCUGCCUUUCUGUCCUGUAUUCAAACAAAAGCAGCUAGCACGUUUCUCAUUCAGUCUUGAGAGUCACAGGAAUGUCUGGCCCUAGUCUUAGUCAUAGACACUUAGAGGUGUAGCACUCAGUCUAGAUCGUGCACAUGGCCUGGAUGGGGGUGUUGCAGUUUUUCCUGCACUUGAUUUCAGGAACUACAUGAACGACAGCCUCCGCACAGAUGUGUUCGUGCGGUUCCAGCCCGAGAGCAUCGCCUGUGCUUGCAUCUACCUUGCUGCCCGGACGCUGGAGAUCCCGUUGCCAAAUCGUCCCCAUUGGUUUCUUUUGUUUGGAGUGACUGAGGAAGAAAUUCAAGAAAUCUGCUUAAAAAUUCUACAGCUGUACACACGGAAGAAGGUGGACCUGACUCGCCUGGAGAGUGAGGUGGAGAAGAGGAAGCAGGCCAUUGAGGAGGCCAAGGCACAGGCCCGUGGCCUGCUGCCUGGAGGCGCCCAGGCUCUUGACAGCACAGCAGGCUUCUCGCCUGCACCCAAGCUGGUGGAGUCCCCCAAAGAAGGAAAGGGAUGCAAGCCCUCCCCGCUCUCUGUGAAGAACCCCAAGAGGAGGAUGGAUGGCACCAAGAAGACCAAAGCCGACAGCCCGGUAAAUGGCUUGCCAAAGGGGCGAGAGAGCCGGAGCCGGAGCCGGGGGCAGAGCUACUCGAGGUCCGCAUCGCGAUCUGCUUCUCCCAAGAGGAGGAAAAGCGACAGUGGCUCCACAUCUGGUGGGUCCAAGUCACAGAGCCGCUCCCGGAGCCGGAGUGACUCUCCCCCAAGACAGGCACACCGCAGCGCCCCCUACAAGGGCUCCGAGGGGAGGGGCUCCCGGAAGUCCAAGGACUGCAAGUACCCCACCCAGAAGCCACACAAGUCUCGCAGCCGGAGCUCGUCCCGUUCUCGAAGCAGGUCACGGGAGCGGGCAGAUAAUUCUGGAAAAUAUAAGAAGAAAAGUCAUUACUACAGAGAUCAGCGACGGGAGCGCUCACGGUCAUACGAGCGCACUGGCCAUCGCUAUGAGCGGGACCACCCUGGGCACAGCCGACACCGGAGGUGAGGCGGGGUCCAGUGACUGACUGGCCUUGGGCUCUUCCCUGAGGGCAUCUACUGGCCGCCCUUCCACCCCAUCGUGCACGCCUCGGCAUGAGUGGCUUUGUGGCAUGAUUCUUUUUGGACAUGGUUUUUGAUUGGACCUUGAGAUGGAUUUGAAAGCGGAAUUGAGAGCCUGGCCUGGGGUGUGGGCACACCUGGGUCAGCGCAGGGCCCAGCUUGGCAGCAGCCCCUAGUGGCUUGGCAGAAGAACAGAUGCGCGCCCCUUCUGGCGUGGCUUGGUGCUAUUGGCGGCCACCUCCACCCCCAACCAACACUCAAUUACGUGAAGCCAAGGAUGAUUUCAGAACCUUUGCCUAUAUUAGGUUGUACGUGUGUACAUACUCCAGUGUUUCACAAUGAGAACAUGGCCUUACAGCCCUGACUCUAUCCAUGUUGUAAAUAAACAUGUUCAAUACAAGUUGGAGCUGUCUGAAGACUCAGAACCCAAAUCCUGUCAGCUUAAAACUUGUGUAGAGAAUUCAGGUUUUUAAAAUGUGAAGGUAUUUAGAUCUGUGUGAAAAGUCGUAUAUUUUUAUCUGUGCAAUGCUGAGUGCAGGCCACCAGCUCCUAAAUAGAGAAGUUUCCUAUAUAUGCAUUUUACGUGGUUGAAUAAAUAACUCUCAGGACACCGGA